UAAAGACAUUAUGGAGAUAGGAGGAGGGCAGCCUAUUUUUUUUCUCACCGUAGUAACAGUCCCCUGGCAACGGACCAGAGUGCCAAUUAUUGCUAAAGUCCCCCAGGUUCUCCCAUCUCACUCUGUGUAUUAGUAGCAUCAGCAGCGCCGGGAAAGUUUAGAAGCUUUAUCGCGUCAGGGGAAAACGCCAUCGCUGACACAGGCUCUGACCCUGGCCAUAUAGGCUCCUCUGCCGGAGGACGGGGGCUCCAAACCUUCCUCCUGCUGGAUUAGUGAGAGCGAGAGAGAGAACGAGAACGUGAGAGAAACAUAGAGGAUUCAGCAUGGGGUCCAGCUCCUCUUCCUAUGCCCCAAAAACCAUCUAUCUGGACGUGGAUGGAAAGGUUCAGAAGGUGGUUUUCAGUCGGCAUUGUAGCCCAUGUGACAUCAAGGAGCUUCUUUGUUCCUCGUCCAACAUCCCCAGGAAUACUGCUAUCAUGAUGGUGGAUCUUGAAGGGGCUCUGGUGUCCAUAGACCCGACCAUGCCUACCAACUCUCCCAACUCCUUGUACAAAGUCAUUUCUUUGUCCACCGGUCAGCUAGGAGAGAAAGAAGACAUGUUUCAGAACGUGUUAUCUCAGGUGGCAGAGCAGUUCAGUAGGGCUUUCCGGAUCAACGAGCUGAAAACUGAGGUGACCAACAGACUGGCCAUGUUGGAGAAAAGAGUUGAGUUGGAGGGGCUGAAAGUUGUGGAGAUUGAGAAGUGCAAAAAUGACCUAAAGAAACUACGAGAUGAGAUGACAUCCAGAGGAGGAGGGAGAGUUGGGAACUGUCCCUGCAAAUACAACUUCUCAGACGACGGGAAGAAACUUAAUCCCAGACGUGACGUCCCAAGUUAUCCAAAGUACACCUUAUCCCAGGAGACUAUUGAAGCACUGAAGAAGCCAACAUUCGAUGUCUGGCAUUGGGAACACAAUGAGAUGCUGAGCUGCUUGGAGUACAUGUACCAUGACCUGGGACUGGUGAAGGAAUUCAACAUGAACCCCAUCACUCUCAAACGUUGGCUGCUGGGCAUUCAGGAGAACUAUCGCAGCAACCCGUUCCACAACUUCCGCCACUGCUUCUGUGUCAGUCAGAUGAUGUAUGGGAUGAUUAACCUGUGUAACCUGCCGGAGAAGAUGACUCUGACGGACAUGGGCAUUCUCAUGACAGCUGCAGUGUGCCACGACCUGGACCACCCCGGCUACAACAACACGUAUCAGAUCAAUGCUCGCACAGAGCUGGCCGUGCGUUACAACGAUAUAUCUCCCCUGGAGAACCAUCACUGCGCCGUGGCCUUCCAGAUCCUCUCGCUGCCCGAGUGCAACAUAUUUGCCAACGUCGAGUUGGAGGCCUACAAGCAGAUCAGACAGGCCAUCAUUACCCUGAUCUUGGCCACAGACAUGGCCCGGCAUGGAGAAAUAUUAGACUCCUUCAAACAUAAAGUGGACAGCUUUGACUUCACCAACGAGGAGCAUGUCACAUGCCUGAAGAUGGUUCUGAUCAAAUGCUGUGACAUCUCCAACGAGGUCCGGCCAACCGAGGUGGCCGAACCCUGGGUGGACUGUCUGUUGGAGGAGUACUUCAUGCAGAGUGACAGGGAGAAGACUGAAGGGCUGCCUGUGGCUCCGUUUAUGGACAGAGACAAGGUGACCAAGCCCACUGCCCAGAUCGGAUUCAUCAAGUUUGUCCUCAUCCCAAUGUUUGAGACAGUCCUGAAGCUCUUCCCCCAGAUUGAGGAGAUCAUGGUGCAGCCUCUGAGAGACUCUAGAGACCACUACGAGGAGCUGAAGCAGAUCGAUGACGCCAUGACAGAGGGCUCUGGCUCUCGUUUUAUGAUCCAAAAAUUCAAGAAGGUUGUGGGUCGUCCUGAUCUGCGUCUUUGAAGACAAGAUGGAGGGUGAAAAGAGUUCUUUUCUACACACUGAGCCAACCUCAGACGACAUGAAACCCCCUGGUUGAUCUCCACUGUUUUGUUAUGGACAUUACAGAAGGACAAUGGCUCUGUUUCAAUGUCCACACUAGCAUACUACUUAGGAAGAAUUCAUGUAUCAGGUACAUUGGAAUAUAGCCAAUGUGUGUUCUUGGUGUAGUCUGUUUUUUUUCUUUCAUUUUUACUGUAAUUUCUGAAAGCUAAUUGGUCAUUGUAGGUAUCAAUUACUGUGUUCACACAGGCAGCCUAUUUCUGAUCUUUUUUGCCCAAUAAUUGGCAAAAGAUCUGAUCUGAUUGAUCAAAAGACCAAAAAAUGUGGAAAAUUGGUCUGUCUGUGUAUACGCAGCCUAUCAUAAUUUCGGAGUGACAAUUGGCCAUUGUAGGUAUCAACAUGCCAUAUUUUCUGCUUUCUGUUUUUAGUCACACUUGUUGGUGUUGCCUAUUACAAAUAGCAACUAAGUUGUAUGCUAGAACACUCUCUUUUCCUUUUCAGUUCUCCUAUUCAAAUGCAAAACUGUUUCUGAAACCGUUUGAAUAAAUUGACUCUCGAUUUAAACAUGUCAAGUACACAGCAUAUUUUAACAUAAUUCUGAGGGUUAAACAUUAUUCCAACAAAUUCAACAAAUUAUUCCCCGGUGUGUGCACUGAAUUAAUUUACAUAAAUUCAUAUUUUGAGGUUUGUGUAAUAGCACAUCCAUUGUCGUGCAAUAUAUUCAUUCUGAGAUACAUGUUGUAAGUUAUUACAGAAGUAGGUAAUUACAAUCUGAAAUGUUAUUCUUAUAUUCUAUUUAUUUUUGCAUAGCACAUCCUGCAUAAACUGUGUAAAAUACAGUACAGUUGUAAAACAUAUAAUAUCCUUUUAUAUGACAUGUGUCACCUAGUAAUAAACUCCACCAGUAUUUUGAAAAGGUACAGGUUAUUAACAAGAGAUUAACAUGCACAGUAGUGUCUGAUUUUCAUGUCAGAAUGUAAUUCUCAUCGAAGGUUCAUGAGUCAUGCCAUUGACUCUUCUCUGAUUGGUGCAGGGGUGAAUGAACCAAUGGGAGGUCAAGCUCGGGAGUCUUUGAAAACGUAUGUAUUUGACUUGAUAUCUGUACUCUAUUGUUUAUGCUUCAUGCACAAUACGGAUGGCCCUCGCUUACGCUUGGAUUUCCUACUCAUUGUCAUUCAGGAAAACCAUUUUAAGAGCGUAGUAGCCUAUAGCUCAAUGCUUUGACUGGGUAUGUGUUGAAACAGGACCUCUUCGCCAGUUUUGCUGCACCACCCCAAGCUACCACAUUUCUCUUUAGUGUCCCUCCACAAAGAUACGUGGGUGGUAUUCAACAGGUACAGUAGAUUCACUAGUGCCUGUUUUAUAACUGUUGUUUACUGCAACCUGUUUCACAUUUCCAAGAGCGAUUAUUGUCCAUCUGUAAGACGAUACUUACAUAGGAUUACACUUUUUAUGACCCACGUGAUUCUGAUGACAAUUGGAUGAUAAAGUAUACGGCCCCGAAGAAUCCAAAGAGAUAGGAUGUCAGUACUGACUUUAAUGUUUGCUGCGGGUCUGCUGCUAAAUACUGAUGACAAAACAGGGCUGGAGAGAACUUUCCUCUGUUUGUUUUCUUUGCCAGUUGGCUUCGUGUCUAAGGCCUUUUCACCUCUUUUCUCAAUCUGUUUGAUGGGUUCUUGGGGCUGAACUUAGGUCCUGAGUAUAGCCUAGUCCUUUUGUUUAGAGGGAAGUAUCUUUAUUUCUUGUGUUGCAUGAAAGUAAUCACUAGGCCUUGCUAUCACACUCUCCCCCCCAAAAAAUGUAUCUUUCUGAUAAAUGAUGCUUUGCUUGUAAACUAUUUGUUUUAGGUCUUUGUUUGAUUCUCACUGCAGUAUGAUUUUGCUAUUUUCUUUCAUUUCAAUUACUCAUAAACACCCCUCAGACAUGUCCUACUCUGUCGAUGACGGGGCAGCAAGAGACUGAGAUAACUCCCGAGACAAGUAUAACCUUUUUACAUCACUCAAGUUUGUUCAAAGAAAGGACAACUCUCAGUUGACACUGAAAGACACGUCUGAAGUCUUUGAACGAAAGUAAUUACCCUCCAGCCCCCUCUCCCUCUCUCCUUCCCUCUCUCCCUCCCUCCUUUGCGCAGUUCUCACUUGCGUGCAAGACAUCAAGACCUCCAGUAUUUACAUUAACCAGAAGGAAUGCUUUAAUUAGCCAUGACAUACUCUUAUCACGAAGGAGAUGCUGUUGCUUUGCCAAGCAGAGCUAAAGGGACAUAUUGUUAUCCUUUAAUAUACACUACCGUUCAAAAGUUUGGGGUCACUUAGAAAUGUCCUUGUUUUUGAAAGAAAAACACAUUUUUUUGCCCAUUAAAAUAACAUCAAAUUGAUCAGAAAUACAGUGUAGACAUUGUUAAUAUUAUAAAUUACUAUUGUAGCUGGAAAGAGCAGAUUUUUUAUGGAAUAUCUACAUAGGCGUACAGAGGCCCAUUAUCAGCAACCAUCAUUCCUGUGUUCCAAUGGCAUGUUGUGUUAGCUAAUCCAAAUUGAUCAUUUUAAAAGGCUAAUUGAUCAUUAGAAAAUUAUUUUGCAAUUAUGUUAGCACAGCUGAAAACUGUUGUCCUGUUUAAAGAAGCAAUAAAACUGGCCUUCUUUAGAGUAGUUGAGUAUCUGGAGCAUCAACAUUUGUGGGUUUGAUUACAAGAUCAAAAUGGCCAGGAAUAAAGACCUUUCUUCUGAAACUCGUCAGUCUAUUCUUGUUCUGAGAAAUGAAGGCUAUUCCAUUCGAGAAAUUGCCAAGAAACUGAAGAUCUCGUACAACGCCAUGUACUACUCCCUUCACAGAACAGCGCAAACUGGCUCUGACCAGAACAGAAAGAGGAGUGAGAGGCCCCAGUGCACAACUGAGCAAGAGGACAAGUACAUUAGAGGGUCUAGUUUGAUAAACAGACGCCUCACAAGUCCUCAACUGGCAGCGUCAUUAAGUAGUACCCGCAAAACACCAGUCUCAACGUCAAAAGUGAAGAGGCGACUCCGGGAUGUGGUAAUCUGACCCCAUUAAAAGCUCUGUACAGGCCCUUAUCAUGGCCUAUCAAGUAAAUGUUGUUCUUUAAACUGAAUUUGUCAGUGAAAGGGUGUUGGAGAUAAGUUCGCUAGAAGGUUAAUCAUAAGUGAUUAAAUCUGAGCUCACCACAAUGUUAGAAACUCAUAGAAGAGCGAAACGCAUUAAGCUAGACUGCCAGAUAGUUAUGUCUACGUGUUUUAGUUUUUUGGGUUACUUUGACUCACCCAUCAGGGAUAGAUGUCACGUUCCUGACCUGUUUUCCUUUGUCAUGUAUUUGUUUUAGUUGGUCAGGGCGUGAGUUGGGUGGGUUGGUCUAGGUUUGAUUUUCUAUGUUGGGAUUUUGUGUUCGGCCUGGUAUGAUUCUCAAUCAGAGACAGCUGUCAAUCGUUGUCCCUGAUUGAGAAUCAUACUAAGGCAGCCAGGGUUUCACUUGUCUUUUGUGGGUGUUUGUUCCUGUGUCAGUGUUUGGGCCACACAGGACUGUUUUGGGUUAGUCACGUUUGUUGGUUUUUGUAUUUUGUAGUGUUUGUUGUUUUUCCAUUAAAGAAUGAAUACUUACCAA